AUGCCGGCUACCGCACCUUCCACAAGACUGGCGACGCUACUCGUCCUGAUGUGCCUACUGCCCUUCACCUUGGCGCAAUUCGGCAACUUCUUCCAGGGCGGAUUUCCUUUCGGAGGUGGAGGCGGAGGGGAGCAGCAGCCGCAACAGCAGAGACCCAGACGAGAGCACAAGGGAUGGAGCGAGAUGGAGAGUGUCCACUGUCGAGCAGGAUACGUUUGCCCCGGCUCGAUGACCUGCGUGCCUACCCCGGCUGAUUGCCCUUGCCCAUACCCGGAAGAUAUCAAAUGCGUGCUGCCCGACGAUAGGGCGAGGGAUGAGGGCGAAGGACCGCCAUUCGUUUGCGUAAGGGGGAGACAGGCUUGCGAAGCUGCUAUAGCGUUCUCCGCUCCAAUAUAG